UGGCAGAGUUGAAUGCAAAGACGAAGAACAGGAGAAGCAAUGAUACUGCCUUUAGAUUAGACCUCAGCAACAUCCGAAUUUCAGAGCUAUGCUGCCGUUCCACGGAACCUGCACUAUUUAACUGUUUUCUCUGCGUUCGUAAGAAUGUCCAUAGGCACUGUUUCCCAAAGGAUGCGCAUUAAAACAUUUUAAUGUCUAAAUAACCUGAUGGAUUAUCAAACACCGUUUUGUUAAAUUUGUUGUUUAGAGUGCCAGUUGCGAGGGAGCUGUUAUUUUAGGAGGUCUUGGCAAAUAGAUGUUUUUUUUUCCGUUUUGAAAUCAAACGCGUUUUCAGCAGAUGAGAACGACCAGCAGCAUCGGAUUCUUCUCGUAUUAGUGCCUGUGGAUCUCUGUUAUAAUCAAAUUUGGACUGGUGAACUGUUUUGCAUCGCAAUGGAUACAACUAUGUGGAGUUAUAUAUUAGGUCUUUUCAUGGUUGCUUGUCGAGUAAAACUGGCUCGAUCAACAGUUUUAGAAUCAAUAUAUUGGAAUACUUCGAACACCAAGUUUGUCCCAGGAAGGGGUGUAGUACUAUACCCUCAGAUCGGAGACAAAAUGGACAUUGUGUGUCCAAGAAUCAAGCCAGGCUCCACUGAGCAGACGAACAUUGAAUACUUCCGGGUCUAUCUUGUUCCCAAAGAACAACUUGAGACCUGUCGAGUCACUAAGGGCGACAUGUUACUGCUCAACUGUGACAAGCCAGACCAGGACGUGAAGUUCACCUUCAAGUUUCAAGAGUUCAGCCCCAACCUGUGGGGCCUGGAGUUCUACAAAGGAAAGGACUAUCACAUCAUCUCCACAUCAAACAGCACUUUUGAAGGUUUGGACAACCACGACGGCGGUGUUUGUAAGACCAAAUCUAUGAAGCUGGUCCUGCGAGUUGGACAGAGUCCUACAGAUUCAUUCUCAGCAAAAAACUAUCCAACUAGAUAUCCUCCAAAAUACCCUGACAGUAAGGACCAAAACACCUUCAGCAAAGAAAACGAUGCUGUCAACAGAGUUGACCCCAUGCAGAAUGGUGAGUCCGGAGGCAAGAGCGGAGAGUCUGUAGGAUCCGCUGGAUCUGAAGUAGCCCUGUUUGCUGGUGUUGCAUCUGGUGCUGUCAUCUUCAUCAUCAUCAUCAUCGCUCUGGUAGCACUGCUGCAUCGGCGUCAUCAGAAACACUCCGCGCAGUGCUCCGCCCAGCUGCCAUUAAACACGCUGCCCAAACGCGGAAGUGCUGCCAGUGGCGGCAGCAACAAUAACGGCUCUGAGCCGAGUGACAUCAUCUUUCCGCUGCGCACCUCAGGAAGCAUGUACUGCCCGCACUACGAGAAGGUCAGCGGUGACUACGGCCACCCUGUCUAUAUCGUCCAAGAAAUGCCACCACAAAAUCCUGCAAACAUUUACUACAAAGUUUGACAGAGAAUGGACAACAAGCCACGGACACGGAAAAGCCGACCGGCUCUGUUUCAAAUGAUGGACAUCAGCGUUUUGAUGCCUCUCUGACGCUCAGAUGCUUGUUGCAGAUGUUUUAGCUCUAUUAGCUGGAUGCUAGAAGGGCUGAAGUGUUGUCUAAUUCAGAAGAACUUGGCUUUGAGACUUGAUUCUGGAUUAAAUGCUGGUGCACAUGGGAAUUUGCUCUUCUGUUUAUACCUUAAAACUGGAUGACUUUCAAAGCCUAGAACAAUCUUACAGAUGAACAUGCAGUGAAAGUCAUGCUGAAUAAACAUCUCAUGUGAAGGAUCUGAGAAUACCAACUGAUUUUUUUUCACAACCUUUUUUUUUUUAUUUAUUCCUUUUUUUUUUUUUUUUUUACUUAUUUUUAUGUUUCUAAACUCCCAGAUCUUAAUUCAUGCACGAGAAUAGGCCUUUAUUCCUGUACUUUGCAAUUCUUCAAUGUAUUUGAGUCCAUCCGAUGCAAUUUAAGCUGAUGCAAUUAACUGUUUGCAUCCCAAAGCUGGCCUGAUGGAUGCAUAUUACAUGUCAGUUCAGACAUUUGUAGCCCUUAUGCUGUUAACGUGCAAGCCGGUGUGGUCCAAAACGCAUGUGGUUCUUUUAUCCCCAUUUGCUUAUAACUUUUCAAACAUUUAUUCAAACAGCAAACAAACAAAACUAAAGAUCAACAUACAGAAAGAUCCUUUGUUGACUUGGUAAUGUAAAUACAAUAGCCAAGCAUUUAAAUUAUGCUUUUGGUGUGAAUCUGGACAUUGCUCAUCCAUUACGUUUCAUCAUUGAAUGUUCGGUUGAUUUUGUUCAGAUACUUCAGGAGUUUACUUCAGCAGACGUGAAGCGACUUGUUGGAUAUAAUGGACUUUUUUUUUUUCUUUUUUUUUUUUUAAAUCUUGCAUUUGUUAAACUUGUUCGUUGAUUCUAGCCAAUAGUGUGUUGAGGGAAUUU